AUGUCGCUGCGCCUGUCCCAGAUUCUGCGACACCUAUCCGUGCCAUCUUCCCUGCGCUGCUCGCCGUCAUCCACGUCGCUCUCCCGAGGUGCAGCCGCUGUGACUACUAACAGCAGCUUCUCCUUCCCCACGGCCCGAUCCACCAUGGCGGCUCCGUCGGCGGCUAUCCGCAAUGCCAGCAAGUCCAUCCAUACGGCGGCCUGUCUCAUUAUUGGAGACGAGGUGCUGGGCGGCAAGGCAUUGAUCGAAGACGACGAGAGCCAGAUCAUCGAGGCCGUCCGCCGAAUGAGCGCCAACUAUGAUUUUGUCGUGACCAGCGGUGGAAUAGGGCCCACACACGACGACAUUACGUAUCCGUCCGUGGCCAAGGCCUUUGGGUUGGAGCUGCAGCUGUACGAGGAGGCGUACGCCCGGAUGCGCAAGCUCUCGCGGCCGCGGCCGUCACAGCCGCCGAUCGACUGGGACGUCGACUCGCCGGAGUUGCGGGCGCGCCUGCGCAUGGUCGAGCUGCCGACAGACCCGGCUCUGGCGCCCGAUCAGCAGUUCUUCUUCACGCGCGAGGACCUGUGGGUGCCCGUGUGCGUGGUGAACGGCAACGUGCACAUCCUGCCGGGCGUGCCACGGCUGUUCGAAAUGCUGCUGGACGGCCUGAAGCCGGCUCUGGAGUCGCGGCUGGCCAGCGGCAAGGGCAUCACGCGCGUGCUGAUCUCGACACCGCUGCCCGAGAGCCUGGUGGCGCCGUAUCUGACCGAGCUGGCUGCCCGGGUCGAGCCCCGGGGCGUCAAGGUCGGCAGCUAUCCGCGCUGGAACCACAAGCACAACACGGUGACGCUGGUCGGAAGGGACGAGGCGUUUAUCGAGAGCCUCGUGCCAGAGGUGACGGAAAAGGUCCAGGGCCGCCGUGUGAGCAAGGAGGGCGAAGAUGACGACCUAGAGGAGUCGGUUGAGCAAUAA